CUCUCGCUAAUACGUUUCCACAAUCUUACGUCGAUAGAUUUGAUUUAAAAAACCAAUGGUCACACAAGGGUAUGGCCAGGGGGGUCGAUUUCAGGAGGGCCAGAAGCCUUCCUGGCACGCCCUUUUGGUCACAUCUUCCUCAAGUCAAUCCUUUCUUUUCUGUUUAGUCUCGAGGACGACAUAUCAACGAGAUUCAACUCUAACUUCUUUAAAAAAUUUGGUUGGCAAAAAUUCUUUUAGGGCUGCCAACUUUAAUCGUAUUUUAUCGCCAACUAAGUCUAUUUAGAAAACUUUUUAACCGAAUUUGCUUAUUUCGACGAGGGGGUUACCAAUUUUUGGGGUCUAUUUAAUUUCACUAUCAUUAGGACUUGUUUAGUACUCCUUCCCCAACUUUACCUUUUCCCUAA